AAGUCGGCCCCCAGGAGGAAAUGCGCAGCCUGUAAGAUCGUUGUUCACACCGGCUGCAUAGAGCAACUAGAGAAGAUUAACUUCCGCUGUAAACCAACCUUCAGAGAGGGAGGAUCCCGAUGCCUCAGGGAUAACAUACUGAGACAUCACUGGGUCCACAGACGACGACAAGAAGGCAAAUGUAGACAGUGUGGAAAGAGUUUCCAGCAGAAGUUCUUCCACAGUAAAGAAAUCAUCGCCAUCAGCUGUUCCUGGUGUAAACAGGCUUUCCACAACAAGGUGACGUGUUUCAUGCUGCACCAGAUUGAGGAGCCGUGUUCACUGGGGGCCCACGCUGGAGUCAUAGUCCCACCGUCCUGGAUCAUCAAAGUCAGGAAACCACAGAGCUCACUUAAGAACUCUGCCAGGAGAAAAAAGCGGACAUCUUUCAAACGAAGGACGAGCAAGAAGGGACUGGACGAGUCUAAAUGGCGUCCGUUCAUGUUGAAGCCGCUCCCCUCUCCUCUCAUGAAGCCCAUCUUGGUUUUCGUCAACCCCAAGAGUGGAGGCAACCAGGGUGCCAAGGUGUUACAGAUGUUCAUGUGGAUCUUGAACCCGCGGCAGGUGUUCGACCUGUCACAGGGCGGGCUGCGAGAGGCGUUGGAGUUGUAUCGUAAAGUGCCAAAUCUGAGGAUCCUCGCCUGCGGAGGGGACGGCACGGUGGGGUGGAUCUUGUCUACUCUAGAUGAGCUGCAGAUGAACCCCCAGCCCCCGGUCGCUGUUCUUCCUCUGGGAACAGGAAAUGACCUCGCCAGGACGCUCAACUGGGGCGGGGGUUACACAGACGAGCCGGUGUCCAAGGUGUUGUGUCACGUGGAGGACGGGUCAGUGGUGCAGCUCGACAGGUGGAACCUUCUAGUAGAGAAAAGUGCAGUCCAGCCAGAGGAGGGCACACAGAAGCUGCCUCUGAAUGUGUUCAACAACUACUUCAGCCUGGGCUUCGACGCUCACGUCACCCUGGAGUUCCACGAGUCCAGAGAGGCCAACCCAGAAAAGUUCAACAGUCGCUUCCGCAACAAGAUGUUCUAUGCAGGAGCUGCAUUCUCAGAUUUCCUCCAGAGAAGCUCCAGGGAUUUGUCCAAGCACGUCAGAGUGGUGUGCGACGGUACAGAUCUAACCCCCAAGAUCCAGGAGCUGAAAUUCCAGUGCAUUGUGUUUCUAAACAUUCCCAGGUACUGUGCUGGCACCAUGCCGUGGGGAAACACAGGCGACCACCGGGACUUUGAACCCCAGCGUCACGACGACGGCUGCAUCGAGGUUAUCGGCUUCACCAUGGCUUCGCUGGCGGCGCUACAGGUCGGCGGUCACGGAGAGAGACUUCACCAGUGCAGGGAGGUUGUGUUAACUACCUUCAAGACUGUACCUGUUCAGGUGGAUGGUGAGCCGUGUCGACUGGCUCCAUCCACUCUCCGCAUCUCCCUGCGAAAUCAGGCCAACAUGGUCCAGAAGAGCAAGAGACGCACCUCUGUGCCCCUGCUCAACGAUAUUCAGAAGGUGUGUGCAGCUGAUCUGCGCCGCCUCUCUGCUCCCCCCGACUCCUUCUCUGUUCCUCACGCAGUCCCAGAUCGUCUGCGUCUGCGAGUGAACCGGAUCAGCCUCCAGGAGUACGACCGACUGCAGUACGACAAAGAGCGGCUGCGAGAUAUCUCCAUCCCAGUAGGCAUUGUGGUUGUAAGAGGAGACUGUGACCUGGAGACGUGCCGACUCUAUAUUGACAGAUUACAAGAGGACUUACACCAGGCGCCAUCUACUGGCCACAGAGUGCACUAUCAGGAUGAGACCAGAGGUGUCCCCAGGACCAGCUCAUCCAGUAGACUGUCUCCCAACUGGAGCUUCUUGGACUCCACAUCAGCUGACCGCUUCUAUCGCAUCGACAAGGCUCAGGAGCACCUCCACUUCGUGACGGAGAUUUGCCAGGACGAGGUUUUCAUCCUGGACCACGAGGGACCUGUGGUGAGCCAGGGGUCGUCCACGGGGAUGCCUGAUCUGGUGGUGGAACCUACAGCCGGCGCUCCACUGACACCUGAGGAACAAGCUUUGUUGACAGCUGCCAGUUCUGGAGAUCUGUCUAUGCUGUCGGAGUGUGUGCGUCGAGGCGUCAGCUUGUUGGUCCGAGACUCUGGAGGUUGUUCGGUGUUGCAUAUAUCCGCCCAGAACGGACACUCAGACCUGGUCAGCUACAUCGUGCAGCAGGGCUCCAAAGUGCUUCUGGAUUUGACAGACAGAGAGAAAGGCGACACUGCCUUGCACAAAGCAGCCUGUGAGAAGCAGCAUGCAGUGUGCCGGCUGCUGGUCGAGGCCGGGGCGUCUCUUGAGAAGACCAACUUCCAGGGGAAGACACCGGCAGACCAAGCGGAGGGAGACUCGGAGCUCGCCACCUACCUGAGCGCCCAACAGAACACGUCUUCUACCACCCAGGAAGACUUGGAGACGGCAGUCUGAGGCGCACACACACACACACACACACACACACACACACACACACGCACACGCACACACACAGUCUCACACACACACAGACACACACACACACCCGAUCUAUCAGUCUCUCUGGACUCUGAGAGAAAAGCGUUGAAAGAAUGAACAGAGUCUGGCUCUGACUCGGCGUCUCGACAGACGAACCGGACGAACCGGAGCAGCGACGAACUGCUUCAGCUCGCAGCAGCACUGCAGUGGAGAUUUUAAUGCUCAGCUAUUUAUUUGUAUUUAUUUAUUCAUAUUCUAUUUAUUGGUUGUGCUGAUUGAUUGACUGAGUGAUCGAUUGUAGGACCAUUAGCGGCUCAGGAUGCGGGUGCACUUUGAGCAGCCGCCGCGGGUCGAGAGUUCACUUGCUGAAGGGAUUUAUUUUGCUCAUGAAUCGUGGGGGUCAGUCAGACUUCCACAGUGGUCGACCGUGUGUUGAUUAUGCAUUUAAAUAUACAAAUAACAUAAAGGCUCACUUCAGAACUGAUAGUAAUAGUAAUAGAAAUAUUUGGGUUUAUGUGUUUACCCCAUAAAACCUGUGUGCCAAAGACAUUGCACUGAUGUAGUGUCACGCCGAGUCCACACCGUCACUAAACGCUCCGUCGCGUCGUUCGGUUUCUCUCAUGAACCGAAGCUGUAAACCUGCAUCUCUUAACGCCAACUUAUGCAACGAUCACAUUCUGGUUUCAUUCAGCAUCGUCACUGCUCAGAGCUCUGAUGUCAUCACAAACUAGAAGUCCCGAUUAUUCCAGCAGCUGCUUUUGAAACCACAAGUCCAAAUCAAGAAACAACACACACAAAACAAAUACAGGAAACUUCAGGAUCUCAGGUGGUUUCAGAAAGUCCCCGCUCUGAGGGGGACCUACCUUCCAACUGCCCGGCAACUGUGAGGGUGGAGUCUCUGAUUGUCUUUGGGACAAUGAAGUUAAGGCUUUGUUUAUGCAGAGGAAAGUAAAGUAAACAUACCUUCACACACACACACAACACUGGUGUGGUCACUCUUCCUUUCUACUGUCACAAACCAGUAAAUCAGAGAGAACGGCGACUUUAAAGCGCCUCCAUGUUCGGUGGAGGAGUUUGAAGACUUUGCUGUUGCUGCGUUUUCAUACAUAAAGAUGAAGUUGAAAACACUUGUCACCUCUGGUGCAUCAGUUCACGCUUCACAGCUUUAGACGCAGUAGAAAAGGAGAGAACAACACCAGGAAGUGACCUGAAAGUUCCCUUCAGUGGGAAACGGCUAACAGCUGCCUGUUUUUAAAGGCUGUCGAAGCCAGAUCUGUAAAGAUAUUAUGAUCCAUUAACCAGAUUUUAAUUAGAUUUUGCGUCGAAAGUCCUUUUUUUUAUAAAACCCAUUAACGCAAAACACACACUAAAUUUAAAAAAUUCAAAUUACACAAAAUUCUUUUCAUAGUGGGAAAAAAACUGAUUGAAAUAGUGAAUGUGUCAUUAAAAGGGAUAUUUUAGGAGAGAUACACACUGAAUAUAAUGAAAUUACAUAUGAAAUAAUCAAAUUGAAUCACUGCAUCAAAUCAAAUUUUUACAAAAACUUCCUUUCAAUUACAGCUUAUUCUAAAUCCUUUAAUUUGGACAACAGGUUUUUUAUUGACUCCUGACCCUCAUUACAUUGUAUGGAGCACAAACAAUAUACAAGAAUGACAAUAACAUACAAGAACAUGAUUAAUCACAAUAAAGCGCCACCGAAAGUCAAGAAAUUAUAUUGAAUAAUUGGACUAUUCUGAACGAUUUUAACAGUUGAUCGAUUCUUUUGUCGUUUUUUUAUUGUAAAAUUCUCUGGUUUCAGAAAUGUGAAUAUUUCCUGAUUUCUUAGUUUUAUAUAAUUUGCAAAUUAUUUGGGUUGUUGGACUGUUCGCUAAAACAGAAAGAGACGUAUGAAGACGACAGCUUUGGCUUUGGGUAAAUAUGUAACAUAUUUUUAGACCAAACAAUGAAUCAAUUAAUCCAGAGAAUAAUCAUCCAUCAGCUGAUAAUGAAAGUUAGACUUAAAUUUGAUUUACAAGAUUUUAAAUUCAGUCCAAAUGUUAAAACAAGGCAGGAAGUCGCUGAAUCGAAUCACUGACGGGAGCAGAUCUGAUUGUUGGGAGAGGACCAGUAUCAGCCCAUUAAAACCAGCACAUUACUCUGCAGCCAUAAACCCCCGUACACGCAGGUGUUCGACAAACUUUAGCAAGUGCAGCCGCUUGAUUUUGGAGAACAGACCAGACUGUGUUAAAAAAAAGAAGAAAAAAAAAAAAGGGUAUUUAAGCAUAAUCAAUAAUCAAUACACCUGUUCAUUUCACACAAAAAAUAUUUAAACUGUGCGUGUAUCUGGUACUCCUGACCCGACAAGGCUUUUCACAUGCAGCUUGUGUGUGUGUGUGUGUGUGUGUGUGUGUGUGUGUGUG